AUGGCACCACCCUUUUUAAUUUCACCUUACUCAGCUGAUGCAGCAGUUGAAAGCACCAUUCCGGUUACCAAACCGGAAAAGGUAGCAAAAGUCAAACUUAUCAACAAUGUUGUUGAAGGCUUCUUUGAUGGGAGCCAAACAUCGGAAGAAUUGCUCAAGGAAAUACAUGCACUUGCAGCCACUAAGUAUGACUUUUUGGUGACUACAAGACGGGAUCUUCACCGAAACCCAGAGCUGAUGUACAAUGAGAGAGAGACGUCUGCUUAUAUUCAGAAGGCGCUCGCAACGAUGAAGAUUGCCUUCACCACAGGAUGGGGUGUUAAUACAGUUCCAGACAGGAUACCUGGAGAGGGAGGAUAUGGAAUCGUGGCGGACAUUGGAACACGAAAGGAUCCUUGUGUGCUGCUUCGUGCGGACAUGGAUGCCCUUCCCAUUUUCGAAGAGACGUCUAACAUUGAUGAUUUCAAAUCAAUCAAUCCAGGAGUUAUGCAUGCUUGUGGCCAUGAUGGGCAUACUGCUAUGCUUCUCGGUGCAGCAUCCAUCCUGAAAGGAAUGGAGCGAAGUAUCAAGGGAACCGUUCGAAUAAUAUUCCAGCCUGCCGAAGAGGGCGGUGCUGGGGCUAAGCGAAUGAUUGAAGAAGGAGUCUUGCGAGACUUUCCGAAACCAAAACAUGCAUUUGCCAUGCAUGUCAACCCAAAGGUCCCAAGUGGUAUUGUUGCUUCUCGACCUGGAACCGUGAAAGCGGCAGCAGAGCGAUUUGAGAUAAAAAUCAAAGGCGUAGGUGGACAUGCUGGCUAUCCCCACUUGACGGUGAACCCUAUCAUGACUGCAGCAUCAAUCGUAACGAACUUGCAGACAUUAGUUUCAAGAAACGUUAGUCCACUGGUGAGUGGGCGAGUGUGCAGCGUUACCAAGUUCAGCGCUGGUAGGGCUUUCAAUGUCAUUCCAGAAUCUGCAGUUCUUCGUGGGACAUUCCGUGCCUUGACUACGGAUAGUCUAUUGGAUCUCAAGAACAAUAUCGAACAUAUUGUUAACAGCACAGCCACCAUGCAUGGCUGUCAGGUGGGAAUUACGUAUUCUGCAGACUGGUACCCUCCAACCAAAAACGACGAGCAACUGUACGAAGAGUUUUCAAAGGAAAUUGGUGCGAUGCUGUCAAAGUCCGGCGAAGUAUUGGAGUUGGAUCCAAGCAUGGGAGCCGAAGACUUUGGUUUUUUCGCAGAGGCAAUUCCAUCAAGUUACUUUAUGAUCGGAUCCGGCAGUGGAAUCGAGCCACCAACAGACUUUGGAUUGCACCAUCCAUGUUUUGCCUUGGACGAAUCGAUAUUGCCUCAAGGAGUAGAACUUCAUCUGAACUUGGCAUUGCGAGCCCUUCACAUGCUUGGGGAGACUGACUCGUACUCACACGCAUAA